CUACAGGUUAAUAAUCAACGUUCCUGAUCUCUCCACACUGAAGCUCCAUGUUCAGUCCUGGUCCUGACCUUCAGGUCGUAAACACGCUGUGAUUUGUGCAGAGCGUCCUCCUGCUGAAUACUGAAGGUGAAGAAGCUCAGAGACACUUCUCCCGUGUACAGGAAUGGAGUCGCAGCAGUACGAUCGCUUCACCUCGUCAGAAACAGAAAGCACUGAGAGAUAUUCUAAUGACGCUCCUUUGUUCACACAGAACCGACAGACCCGGCGUUUUUACUUGAUGUUCGGCUUCCUGACGCUCUUCGUGCUCCUGCUGACGCUCUCAGUGGGAAUCAGAAUCUCUCAGGUGAACCAGCAGGUGUCGGACAUUUUGUUCUCGCUGCAGACGGUCAACACUGAGAUCAAAUCUGCUCAGACAGGUCAUGAUCCAUUUCAUGCUCCUUCAGUCCUGAUACCGGAGAGAGGUUCCUGUGAGAGCGACUGGGUCUUUUACAAAAAUAAGUGCUAUUACAUGUCUACUAAGAGGCUCAACUGGCACAAUGCAGAGAAGGACUGCAUCCAGCAAAAAGGUCAUCUACUGGUGGUGAACAACCGUGAGGAGAUGGAGUACAUCUCUCAGCUGACUUUACAAAGUUUUGCUUAUUGGAUAGGUCUGAUUGAAAGAGAGGGAGAAGGAACCUGGAGCUGGGUCGAUGGAACCGACUAUAAGUCCACUGAGCAAUUCUGGGAUGAAGGACAACCAGAUGAUUGGGAUGUGCCUGUGAACGGAGAAGACUGCGGCCAAGUUCAUGCAAAAAACCCAAAUUCUCCUAUUCUACUGACGCACCGGCUGUGGAACGAUGCUGACUGUACUUUAGCUUUUAAAUAUAUAUGUGAGCGACCUGCAUAGUACACACACACACUCAGACACACACUCAGACACACACUCAGACACACACACACACACACACACACACACACACACACACACUUAUUGAUACUUUAUUGGAAUGUCCUGCUAUAAUAUAAUAUAUAACUCUAUAAUAUAAUAAAUAAUUCUGGAGAUAAACAUGUCUCAUCUCACACUUUCCACGUGAGGACGUCUAACAUUCUGUGAUCAAAGUGAACCUGAAAGAUCUGCUCUGGUUUACAAUUAAGAAAUGAUCUUCACAUCCACUGCAGUUUUUUCUGAAGAAGUUGCUGCUAUUUUACACUCGUUUGUGAAUCUUUUUAAUGCUGAAAAAUAAAACCCUUAAACCAGGA